AUGUUGUUCGUCCCGGAGGCUUCUGCCGACUGUGUGGAGCGAGCGGAGCGGCAGAUCGGACCGACAAGCACUCUGGACGUCCAGGGGGGGCACACGCUUCCCAUCAAAGCGGGUUGCAAGUGUGCCGAUGCCAAUCGCUGCUGGCAGCUCGUUCGCCUUCCCUGGUCGCGGUAUUCUUUCGUAGGCGGCUGGGCCAUCAGCAACUGGAGCUUGCGCCAGGCCGCCGAGAGCCACGGUUUCGCGUUCCACCUGGCUCUCCUUUGCCAGAGCGGACCGCCGUGCGUAAUGGCCGCGGCGUUGCGCACAGCUUUCAAGGGUUGGCUCACGACGGUGCGCUUUCAGCAACGAUCUCUUUGUGUCUUUGUGUUUUUGGAUCUCGACGGCAUUGUACAAAUUGUGGAUUGUGUCAUCGCUGGUGUGAGCAAGCGCGCGCCCUUCCGCGGAAUGCCCACCGAGGCGCGCCUGUUGUGUUUUCUCGGCUCGCGCGGUUCGACGGGGCUCGAGGUUGAGAGCCAAGCACGUACCAGUGACGAGAUGUUUCUCAUGAGAUUGGUGUGUAUUUACGCUUUGUACAAGGCGCGCUUGGCGGUACGGCGCGACGCCGUCUCGCAGCCCGCAGCCGUGCAGUUUUCAGGCCGCCGUGCGCGAGGCUUGCUCCCAGGAGCCUCUCUGUGGGUUGCUCGCCAUGUCUCGGCGCCAGCGGCCACGCGAAAAGGCGCGUCGUGCUUCUCCGUCUCUCGUCUCCCUCCUGGGGCUUCUGCCUGGCAGCCGUCAUGCUUACGCAGCCUUCUGGUUUCGCGUUGUGGCCGCUGUUACUUCGCACGGGACUGCCGUUUCCAAGCACCUUGGAUGAUAUGUGUGGGCGCCCCCGUAAAGGUUGAGAUUCGAAGAUUCGUCAGUCUUCCUCCUCUGGGCUGGUGCGCGGCAUUUGCCUGCAUUGCCUGGACCCGCAGGGCGGUGCUCCCAGAGCGCCAAUGUUGGCAAGCACGGGGCACAUUCCCCUUCCUCCUCCUCCUCCUCCUCCUCCUCCUCCUCCUCCUCCUCCUCCUCCUCCUCCUCCCCCUUCCUCUUGUUCCCGUCGCCGAGUUCGAUUCAAAUUGGGACUUUUAG